UUGGAUAGCGCCGUCCAGAAUUACUUCCCCAAGUUGGUCCGCCUGGAUGGCCAGGAGUUAUUCCCACCGGUUGCCAUUGCCGUCGAUCCUCCGAAGGUAACAAAAUCCUUCAAGGAAAUCAUUACCGGUUUUGAGCCCUUGAAGAAUAUGAUUCUGCAAUUCCUGCAGGAGUAUUACUUCAUCUAUGACUACGGAGAUCGACGGGGUCUCCUCAAUGCUUACCACGAUGAGGCCUGCUUCUCCCUGACCAUUCCUCCCAACCCUAAGGACCUAGGCGCGAGCAACUUGCAUGAGUACCUCAAGUAUAGCAGGAAUCUGAAGCAGCUCAAAGAACCCUACUUGCGGAGACAGCUGCUGAAGUACACGAAACAUGACAUCGUAGAGGCUCUCAGGCUGUUGCCCAAAACUCAGCAUGACUGCAGUACCUUUGUGGUGGACAUGUGGCUCCAGAAGGAAAUGAUGCUCUGCUUUUCUGUCAGUGGAGUGUUCGAGGAAAUAGAAGCAACAUCUCAGGGAUGUUUCCGUGCCUUCACCCGGACUUUCAUCAUUACUCCUGGCAGCAGCGGCUGUCUAUGCAUUGUGAAUGACCACCUGUUUGUGAGGGAUGCCAGGCCUGAUGAGAUCCGGGUGGCCUUUUCCAUGCCGGUGGCCACACCCUGCUUCAGCUCCAGGUCCUCCCUCUCUGAAGAGCGUUUGAGAAUGGUCCAAGCUUUCUCCAUACAGUCUGGCAUGACAUUCGAGUGGUCGCAGAA